UGAUUUUUGACAGAAAACAUGCAAUUCUUGAAUGGACUUAUGCUGUUUUAAAUUGUUAAUUCAGAUUUAGUGCUUUAUGAAAUUGUUUCAUUCAUUCGUGACUGAAAAGAUGAAAACCCGUUAAUACUUUCUUCGACCUGUGUUUUUUUCUGUGUGGAUAUAUGUUCGUAAUUCACUCGAGCCCUUAUCUAUUCCGAAGUAUCAUUUUCAGUCAUAUUUUGUUACAUGCAUGACGGAAUAAUUGAUCAAAAUUGAUACAGAGUAAUGCGAUGUGACGUGAUAACCCAACAGUUUCGAAAUGCAAUUGCGAUUGAGAUUUGUAAACUGAUAUUUCUUCCUUGUAGUUGCAAGCAUUAUAAAUACGAAAAUAAUCAGUAAUAUAUAUGGUAUUAGACGAAUACGCGUAUCAUGGCUUCCAAAUUAAGUGCAGAGGUUAGACAUAAUAGUGGUCCUUUAGAAGGUAGUAAAUACAUUCCAGUUGCCGAGUUUUACCAUGGCAGAAGUAUUUUCAUAACAGGAGGAACGGGAUUCAUGGGAAAGGUCCUUAUUGAAAAGUUACUCCGUUCAUGUCCAGGAAUUAAGAAUAUUUUCGUGUUAAUUCGUCCUAAACGCGGACAAGAUAUAACAACGAGGUUAACUCAAAUUUUAGGUGGUCCGCUUUUCGAUAGAAUCCGCAAUGACAAUGCAGACAAUUUGAAAAAAGUAGUUCCAAUUAAUGGUGAUAUAACAUUGCAUGAACUUGGAAUCUCAGAGAUGGAUCAGUUAACAAUUUGUCAGGAAGUUUCCAUAGUUUUCCAUUCCGCUGCAACAGUAAAAUUUGAUGAAAAAAUCAAGCAGUCAGUUACCAUCAACAUGGUUGGAACGAAACAAUUGCUGGAUCUUUGUCACCGAAUGUUAUUCUUGGAUGCCUUGGUGCAUGUUUCCACUGCGUAUUGCAAUUGUGAUAGGAAAGACGUGUGUGAGAUUAUUUAUCCACCCCCAUAUAACCCAGAGGAAAUAAUUCAACUAGUAAAGUGGUUCCCAGAGGACAUGUUAGAGAAGCUAACGCCUUCUCUUAUCGGAAAUAGACCAAACAGUUACACUUUCACUAAAGCUAUGGCCGAGCACAUGUUGUUGAAAGAGGCGAAGGAUUUACCAGUUUCCAUUGUUCGACCGUCCAUAGUGUUAUCCAGUUUUAAGGAACCCGUGAGCGGUUGGGUCGAUAACUUCAACGGUCCAACCGGUAUCGUCUCAGCUGUCAGCAAAGGAUUUUUCAGAACGAUACUGUGUGAACAAUCGUGCAUUGCGGAUUUGAUCCCAGUUGAUCUCGUAAUAAAUCUUAUGAUUACUGCUGCAUGGCACACAGCUUCUAGGAGAAAUAUGCGCAAUAUUACAGUCUAUAACUGUACGAGUGGUAUAGAUAACCCUAUAACAUGGGGUUCCUUCGUGCGCAUGUGUAUUGACAACAUGAGGAAACAUCCAGUUGAAGGAGUAUUAUGGUAUCCAACCGGAAACUUACGCGUAAACAAGGCAUUGAACUUUGUUCAUGGAUUAUUUGCACAUUUUAUCCCUGCAUUAGUAUUAGAUGCAUGUUCACUAGUGGUUGGACGGAAGCCUAUUAUGAAAAUCGUUCAGAUAAAACUUAGUAAAGCUGCGACUUGCCUUCAAUAUUUUACUAAUGCUCAAUGGCACUUUCGCAACGACAACGUGAGGAAUCUUCUAACCCAUUUGAGCCCCCAGGAUAGGAACACAUUUCAAUUCGACGUGUCCACAAUUGAUUGGCAGGAAUAUAUAGAAAGAUACGUACUUGGAUUCCGCGAGUAUUUGUUCAAACAAAAUCCUGCUUCGUUAGAUAAAUGUCGAAGCAAUAUGUAUAAGAUGUAUCUAGUACACCAAUUUACUAAACUCAUAAUGAUUGCAUGUAUGUGGCGUUUUUUGUUGAAAAAAUCGAUUCGGUUACGAGCUGCUUGGAAGAAAGUUUUGAACCAUAUAGUACAAGUUAUGAAAGUGAUUGCUUUUUUGUAAUAUUUCUAGUUUUUUUUCGCGAAAGGGGUUGCAGUAUUUCUCUAUGAGUUUUAUUUACUGUAGUAAAAUAGUGCAAGUAGGUAUCACGGUUCAUCAGUUCA